AUAAAGUAAACCUUCCAAAGACUUUUCAUUGUCUUUGCCUCCGAGCGCUAAAAUUAUCUGAGAGCAGUCUCAAGUUACGGAUUGCUGAUUUGGGAGAGAAAGAGGUAGAAAAACCCUAGAUCGGAAUUAGAUUCUGGGUUCUUGGGAUUAAGAAGAGCAAGACGAUGAGUAGAAAUCCUUUCCUGGAUCCUACCCUUCAAGAAAUUCUUCAAGUGAUUAAACCCACACGAGCAGAUUGGGAUACGAGGAUCAGAGUCAUUGAUCAGUUGCGUGACGUCUUACAAACCGUAGAAUGCUUAAGAGGUGCUACUGUUCAACCAUUUGGAUCCUUUGUGUCAAAUCUCUUCACACGAUGGGGAGACUUAGAUCUCUCUGUUGACUUAUUCAGCGGUUCUUCCAUCUUGUUCACUGGAAAGAAGCAGAAACAAACUUUACUCAGACAUUUACUACGAGCACUGAGAGCGAGUGGUCUAUGGUACAAACUGCAAUUUGUUAUUCAUGCGCGAGUUCCCAUUCUGAAAGUCGUGAGCGGCCACCAGAGAAUUGCUUGUGAUAUUUCUAUUGAUAACCUGGAUGGGCUUUUGAAGAGCAGGUUCUUGUUCUGGAUCAGUGAAAUAGAUGGGAGAUUCCGCGACCUAGUUUUGCUAGUGAAGGAAUGGGCGAAAGCUCAUAAUAUCAACGACUCAAAGAAUGGGACUUUCAACUCUUACUCUCUCAGUUUGUUAGUCAUCUUCCAUCUUCAGACUUGUGUACCUGCAAUCUUGCCGCCUCUAAGAGUCAUAUAUCCGAAGAGUGCGGUUGAUGAUCUGACAGGUGUACGAAAAACUGCAGAGGAAAGCAUAGCGCAAGUUACUGCUGCUAAUAUUGCGAGAUUUAAAUUAAAUACAGCAAAAUCAGUCAAUCGAAGCUCGCUCUCGGAGCUUUUGGUCUCGUUUUAUGCAAAGUUUUCAGACAUAAACUUGAAGGCCCAAGAGCUCGGUGUUUGCCCAUUUACUGGAAGAUGGGAAAACAUAAGCAGCAACACUACAUGGCUGCCAAAGACAUACUCACUCUUUGUUGAAGAUCCUUUUGAGCAGCCGGUGAACGCUGCAAGGAGUGUGAGCCGUAGAAAUUUGGACAGAAUAGCUCAAGUAUUUCAGAUUACAUCGCGCCGUCUUGUCUCAGAUUGUAACAGAAACUCCAUCAUUGGGGUUCUGACAGGGCAACACAUUCAAGAGUCUUUGCAUAGAACAAUAAGCCUCCAUAGUCAACAGCAUGCAAACAGUAUGCACAAUGUCCGUAAUCUGCAUGGUCAGGCUAGGCAUCAGAACCAGCAAAUGCAGCAAAAUUGGUCACAGAGCUACAAUACCCAAAACCCACCAUAUUGGCCACCUCCAACACAAUCCCGACCACAACAGAAUUGGCCUCAGAACAACCUCAGGAAUCUUCAGGGGCAACCACCUGUCCAAGGCCGAACUUGGCCUGUAAUCACACAAACUCAAACGCAGCAGAAGAGUCAAUACAAGAACGGGAACCGAUCAUUGAAAAAUACAUCUGCAGGUUCAAGUCAGAAUCAGGGUCACAUUGGUAAGCCAUCAGGUCAUAUGAAUGGUGUGAACUCUGCAAGACCUGCAUCAAAAAUUCCAAGCCAAGGUGGACAGAUGUGGAGACCGAGACAUGAGCAGUAGAAUGAGUUGUGCAGACAUGGUUCAGAGAUACUCCUUCACAUAUUUUUGGAUGAUUUUGUAUUCUGACCUUCGGGCUUUUUUCUAUGGAUCCAUUUGUUACAAUCAACAGAUUUGCAAUAGCAGAAUGUUGUACUAAAAA